GAAAAAAUUACCAUGCAAAUGCUGAACGAUCGCCUUGCCUCCUAUUUAGAGAAAGUCAAGAGCUUGGAAGAAACCAACAGUCAGCUUGAGGUGCAGAUUCGCCAGUUUCUGGAGAAAAAAGGUCCUGACGCUCAUGACUAUAGUCACUAUUAUGUCACUAUUGAAAAACUACGCAAGGAGAUCAUGGAGAUUACCUUAGGUUAUACUACAUUGGGUUUUCAAUUCGACAAUGCCAAGAUGGCUGCUGACGACUUCCGAAUCAAGUUUGAACAUGAACUUCUCCAAAGACAGGGUGUUGAAGCUGACAUUAUUGCACUAAAGAAAAUACGUGAUGACACAAACGUGGUCCAGUUGCAUAUGGAAAACGACGUUGAAGUAUUGAAAGCCGAGCUCAUUAAUUUACGUGAACACCAUCAACUGGAAGUUCAAGAAUUGCAAAGUCAAAUCACACAGACUGGAAUUCGAGUAGAAGUAGAUGCUCCUCAGGGUCAGGACCUGAAUGCAAUAAUAGAGGGGAUAAGAGCAAAGUAUGAAAAGAUCACCUUGAAGAACCAGGAGGAACUCAAAGCCUGGCAUGAUACAAAAAAAAAUGAGGUGCAGGUUGAAGUGUCUGCAAACACAGCUGCAUUGAAGGAAGCCAACACACAAGCCAGUGAGAGCCGAAGGAAAAUGCAGUCCUUAGAAGUAGAGCUGCAGUCUCUGACUGGAACUAGAUCAUCUUUCGAAGAACCCCUCCAAGAAAUUAACCAGCGUUACGCCAUGCAGGUGAAGCAAUACAAUGGCAUCAUUGUCAAGAGAGAAGCUGAACUCAGACAACUGCGUGAUGACAUCCAAAACCAGACCCAGCAGUAUCAGGCCCUGCUGAACAUAAAGAUGAAGCUGGAGGCUGAGAUAGCCACCUAUAGGAGACUCCUGGAUGGAGAAGACUUACUGUAAUUUUUUAAAGCGAAGAACAGAAGAAGAUAAAGGUGACCACCAUCACCCAGACAAUGGUGGAUGGGAAAUCAGUGUCUACAAGCUCCAAAACAAAGGAAAAUGUAGUCUAAGCACAAAUCAGAGCACUGGCGUUCAUGAAGAUAAAUGAAUUAUAUGCCAACACUGGCAACCAUUCAUAAGCCUUAAUGUUUUUGAAAUGACUCAAUUAUGUAUAAUCACUGUUCUUUACGCUCUGUAUCUGUGCCAGUAUGUAAUGGGAUUUAUGUUGGUAAUAAACUGU